AAGAAGGUGGAAAGCGGCUGGGGGGGGUGCGGCUUUGCGUGGUUGCGCUGUCCGCUGAUUCUCAGUACGGUAGUGCCUCCGCUCGGCCGCCUGCCUCUUAGGUUGAGGAAGCGAUCAUUGCUUCGCGCCGGUUCCUGCAUUAUCGCCUUGUGUGAACCCGCGUUGGUUUGGCAAGUCCUCGCUACCUUGACGGCAAAAAGAACAGGCAGAAGGUGGAAAAGAACAGGGAGCAGAGCAUGGCGGCAUCGGUGCCAGAUAAAAGCUGUAAGAAGAAAACGGAGAAAAAGCUGGCUGCUCGAGAAGAAGCCAAAUUAUUGGCCAGCUUCAUGGGAGUCAUGAAUAACAUGAGGAAGCAAGUAAAAAACACUAUGUGAUGUUAUACUGAUAGUCCAAGAAAGGAGGAUCCCAGCUCAUCGGGUUGUACUUGCUUCAGCCAGUCACUUUUUUAACUUGAUGUUUACUACAAAUAUGAUUGAAUCAAAGUCAUUUGAAGUUGAAUUAAAGGAUGCUGAGCCAGAUAUAAUUGAACAGCUGGUUGAGUUUGCUUAUACUGCAAGAAUUUCUGUAAACAGCAACAAUGUCCAAUCAUUGUUGGAUGCAGCAAAUCAAUAUCAAAUUGAACCUGUGAAAAAAAUGUGUGUAGAAUUUUUAAAAGAGCAAGUAGAUGCUACAAAUUGUCUUGGUAUAAGUGUAUUAGCAGAGUGCCUUGACUGCCCAGAACUGAAGGCCACUGCGGAUGAUUAUAUUCAUCAGCACUUCACGGAGGUGUACAAGACAGAUGAGUUUCAACAGUUAGAUGUUAAACGUGUGACACAUCUCCUCAACCAAGAUACUCUAACUGUAAGAGCUGAAGAUCAGGUUUAUGAUGCUGCUGUCCGUUGGCUAAAAUAUGAUGAGCCAAACCGUCAGCCCUACAUGGUUGAUAUCCUUGCUAAAGUCAGGUUUCCUUUAAUUUCAAAGAAUUUCCUUAGUAAAACUGUUCAGGCAGAGCCACUUAUACAGGACAACCCAGAAUGUCUCAAAAUGGUUAUAAGUGGAAUGAGAUACCAUCUCCUUUCUCCAGAAGACAGAGAAGAAUUGGUGGAUGGGACUCGUCCAAGAAGGAAAAAGCAUGAGUACCGUAUUGCCUUGUUUGGAGGAUCACAGCCACAAUCAUGUCGAUACUUCAAUCCAAAGGAUUACAGCUGGACAGACAUCCGAUGUCCGUUUGAAAAGCGGAGGGAUGCAGCUUGUGUUUUCUGGGAUAAUGUAGUUUAUAUUUUGGGUGGUUCCCAGCUUUUCCCUAUAAAACGAAUGGAUUGCUAUAAUGUUGUUAAAGACAGCUGGUACUCCAAACUGGGUCCUCCAACUCCUCGGGACAGCCUUGCAGCAUGUGCAGCAGAGGGUAAAAUUUACACAUCUGGUGGUUCAGAAGUAGGAAAUUCUGCUUUAUAUUUAUUUGAAUGCUAUGAUACAAGAACAGAAAGUUGGCACACAAAGCCCAAUAUGCUGACUCAGCGAUGUAGUCAUGGGAUGGUUGAAGCAAAUGGCCUGAUUUAUGUAUGUGGAGGAAGUUUAGGGAACAAUGUUUCUGGAAGAGUCUUGGGCUCCUGUGAAGUUUAUGAUCCAGCAAAGGAAACGUGGACUGAGCUAUGUCCAAUGCUUGAAGCCCGAAAGAACCAUGGUUUGGUGGUUGUGAAAGAUAAAAUAUUUGCUGUAGGGGGGCAAAAUAGCUUAGGUGGCUUAGACAGUGUGGAAUACUAUGAUAUUAAACUGAAUGAAUGGAAGAUGGUUUCCCCAAUGUCAUGGAAAGGUGUAACGGUAAAAUGUGCUGCUGUGGGUUCCACAAUUUAUGUUCUAGCUGGAUUUCAGGGUGUGGGUCGCUUGGGGCACAUCCUUGAAUAUAAUACUGAAAUUGACAAAUGGACAGCAAACUCUAAAGUUCGUGCUUUUCCUGUGACCAGCUGUUUAAUUUGUGUAGUUGAUACUUGUGGAGCAAAUGAGGAAACAUUAGAAACUUAAAAACUUUAGGAUUAUCAAAAAGUACUCCUGAAAGAGAUUGCUAUUUGUUUUGUUCUACCUUUCAGUUGUGUCUUGCCAGUCCAUAAUGUGAACUGAAUGUAGAAAAAAAUUGGACUGUCAUUUUAUUAUUUCAACUGUUUAUAUAAUUUGGGUUUUCUCAUUUGAAUACUCCCUUCUAUGCAUUGGAAUUAUUUCAAUUUCUCUAAACCAGGACUGAAAAGAAAUGAAAAUUUCUGAAGAUGCACAUAUAAUUUUUUUCAAAAAAACAACUGUCUAAUAUGCAUUGCAAAUUAUUUCAAGAAUAACCUCUUCAUCAAUCUUCAUUUUUUAUUAAAAGCACUUACAUUUUUCAAGUAGGAAACUUGCAAAACAAACUAUUAAGCUAUAUGUUGCUCAAACUUGUGUUCAGGAUGCCACCUCAUCACAGAAUUCAAGUUCUGUGAUUUUGUUUCCGAUAAUUGAAAUAAUUAAAUUAACUCCAGUACUAUUAAUCUUCUCUCUAUACUUAAUUUACUCUAAUAAAAAAGUAUUAUUGUACAUGGCCAUUUUCUCUUUAAAUACUUGUACCACGUAACCAAAGUGGUGUCAAAGUAGAGGCAAAUAAUUUCCUGAACAGACAUUCUUAAUUCCAUCUAUACAAAGUUUUAUUUUCUGGAGUGUAGUUCCAGUAUAUUCUUUCAAUCAUGCAUAUAAGAGCUGUGCUUUUGAUAAGUACAUCUACUUUCUGAAAUAUUACAGGUAUAAACAAAAUACUAUGGUAAAUUUAUUUUAUUUGCAAGUAAGUGUUUGUGAAUUUAAGAAUAAAAACCAGUCCUUUAUAUAUGCACAUAUGGGGAAAGGUAGGGAUAUUGCAGUAGAAAAUUUCAGAAAUGUUUUUUUGCAACUUCUGUUUUUAAAGUUUUGUCCUUAACUGCAAUCCAUUUUAUUUUUGUCUUUUAUUUAUGAAUUAAACUCUAUGCUACUUAAAAUAUGCACAGUUUUGAUCUGAUUUCCUUUCCUCAAGCUACUUAUAAAAAUUCAUAAUCAUUUCUUACAUAUCAAUAAGAUUGCAGUAAGAUUUCAAAACUAUAAUGUAUAUGUACUUUAAAAGUACUCAUUUAUAAACCUGCAUAUGAGAAAGUUGAAUGAUAGCACUUACGUAUAAUACGUUUUGGGGUAUAAACAUACAUUGCUUUGCCUAAUUUUUCUCUACAUAUUUUUGCAGUUAAGGGGGGGGGAGAGAGAGAGAGAAAGACUAAUUUCUUCUAAAUUGAAACAUUCUAUAUUGAUCAAGGUAUAUCUUUGUGUAUCUUCUUAGUAUUGGCUUUUUGUCAUGAAAAUCUGAACAGUACUUUAAAUAGCUUUGUAUGCUUGCAAGGAGGGAUAUAAAUUUAAUUUUCUAACAACUCAAGUUGGAUUUAAAAACAAAUUCUUAAGCAAACUGAGGUACAUUUUUUUUCAAUUAAUAGAUUGUCAAAAAAUAAAAUAAGUAAUUUUCAAACAAUGAAAAUGCAAGAAGGAAUUUAAUCUAGCUCAUUAACAAAUAAGACUCCUUUAUUUCUUUUAUGAAACAGAGACAGUUUCAUAAAACCAAUAUAAACUAAUGCAAGUUGUAUCAUUUUCUAUAGGUUUACAUUUCUCUAUGUUAUUUUUCUAGGCAGAAAGUGACAGAUUUGUUUCAUUGUGAGGUCUUAGUUUAUGAACAUGUGCAGAAAGUUUUGAUUUUGUGUAUUGCUGGGCAUCUAUUAAAAAAUCUUGUAUACUGAAUAAUUUUGUUAUGUAUCAGAAUUUUGAAAGUGAAGCAAAUACCUCAGUGAGGCUUUUGUGGUCAGUUAAUUUUAUUAAAUAUUUGUUCCUAAAAA